UGUUCUGAACCCUCGUCUGCUCCGCUGUCUCUUGUAUACUUCUUAUGCUCAUGAAAUCCCUACGUAAAUCUCUCAACGGACACCGAGAAAUCCACCGUCUUGAAAUCUCUACCCCUCUACCGCUACCUUCUGUAUCUAAACCUCAGACUGCUUCUCUACCCCCUCAAAAAGUAAUUCGUGCAAUCGCAUCAUACAGACCACAGGGCCCUCAGCAGCUCCCUUUUCAAAAGGGUGAUUUUUUCUAUGUUACAGGAAAUGUAGAAAGUCAGGGGGAUUGGUAUGAUGCCCAUAAUCCUGUAACCGGGGCUAGAGGUUUGGUCCCAAAAUCUAUGUUCGAAGAGUUUUGCAAGAGCCCAGCUAUACGCACUUCUAGUAUCAGCGUCGCAGUAAAUAGUUCUACCCUCCCUAGUCCAACAUCUCCUCCAAAGUCCCCAAAAGCACCUGCAUAUUUUGCAAUAGUUCUUCACGACUUCAUAGCGGAGCGCGCCGACGAACUUGAUGCCAAGUCCGGUGAUUGCAUAACGGUAGUUGCCCAGUCAAACCGCGAAUGGUUUGUCGCAAAACCUAUUGGUCGACUUGGCCGACCAGGUUUAAUCCCCGCCUCUUUUGUGGAAGUUCGCAAUCCUACAACAAAUCUCCCAGUAGAGGAUGUCAACGCUUUGAUUGACAGUGGAGAUCUGCCAGGUGUCGAAGAGUGGAAGAAGGCCGUAUUCAAUUACAAAGCAAACAGCAUAUCACUCGGCGUCAUAGAGGAACCAUCUGCCCAGCGUUCCAGCACACAACCACAACCUGUAUCCGUAACACCUCCCCGUGCUUCCUCCCCCGUCCUCUUACCCGAGGGCAUCCUAUUAUCAGCCGACGUUGUCUCCUUUCACAAUGAGAUGGAUGAGUACUGGUUCCGCACAGAUGCCAUCUACCAACCUUAUGAUCCCCACGACCCUCAAACUCUUCCAAAAGCCAAACAGCUCGUCCUAUUCCGGGUAUAUAAUGACUUCUUCGAUUUCCAAGUUAAUCUCUUGCAGGCAUUCUCUCGCGAAGCCGGGCGAGAACCGGACUCCGUCCGGAUACUACCCUUCAUGCCUGGUCCCACCGAAGAUGUCGACGACGAGGUCACUGCUGCCCGACGGGAAGAGCUUGAUGAGUAUCUUCACAAACUCUGUGCCUUAAACACGGUUGGUGCCAGCUAUAUUCUUGAACACCAGCUUGUGCGCGAAUUUUUGUCGCUCAAACCUGGAGACGUGGAACAUGAUAUUGAUCCUCGCUAUGACGAGGUCAGGGCACUUUUUGCCGAAGAAGCCACGGGCGAACAAACCAUAACGCAGGAAUUUGAGGAGGAAGUUCGCGAUACGCUUGGGGAGAUGAAAUUGUCAGAUAGAGAUGAUCGGAGUGAAGGCUCGGACUAUGGGGAGGACCACACACCCCCUACUCAUAUUAUGUCUCGUGACUCACAAACCAGCGUAACCCCUCAACCUCAUCGACCAAAUACGGCGACAUCACAUCACCGCACGGGGUCCCGGUCCAAACAAAACGGACGCUCGUCUCCGUCAUAUCCACGUCUCGAUACUUCCCGUGCAAGCGCGUCCUCUCGAUCAUCCUUUGCCUCCAACUCCGCUUGGCCAGAACACGCCACUCCAUCUCCAUCAUCUCCCGGUUCGUCACAGCCAUCUAUCGCUAUGUCCUCCCGAUCUCGUUCCCUAUCAAACGCCACUAAUAUGAACGCCCCUCCAAUGUCCGCUGGUAAUUCCCAGACAGCCUUCGUCAAGAUCAAAAUAUUCGAUCGUGUCACUGAUGACCUGAUCGCCAUUCGCGUACAUCCUCGCGUGACACACGCUGAACUCCUGGAGAAGGUGCAAGCACGAUUAGGCAGCAACGUGCUCAAUCUUCGAUACCGCCACAGUUUCAGCAACGAAUUCAUCGGCAUCGACGACGACAAAGACUUGCGAGAGUGGUUGGAUAGCACGGAGAAGCAUGUUUUGUACGCUGAAUAAUAAUAAUGACGGAUGGACCGUUGUGUAAUCUGUUUUUUUUUUCGUGUUGGUUGUUGUGAAAGUAUCAAAUUACUUAUAUUUUAGACUUUUUAUUGUAUUCGUCUUCUUUUUCCUCUCUUUAUAUCUCCAUCUCUGAUUUCUUUUUUAUCUGUGUUGGUAAAUGUAUUCUGUAGUUUGUUGUUAGGAGUAGCCUGUCUCUUUUAUGCAUGCCGGUGUACACCAGUGUACACCUUGUUAGCGGUUCCAAAACCUUUGCCAGCAUCCGCCUUCUCAGUUACAAUCUUCUCGCUAAGCCCCUUUUCCCCCUACAUGGUAUCCUGUUAUGGGAUGUUCUGGAGUUUCACGUUGGCC